UGUACGCGUCACUCACACCAUAUAACAACUCAACGGACAAAAUCUCUUAUCUUUCUCCCUAAUUUCUCUCGUUCAGUUUAGUUUGGAGAAACAACGACUCUGGAACACAAACACCCAUCUCAUCUCUUAGUUGCUAAUCUUUCUUUUAGAAUCCCCUCAAAAGUUGUCAUAAACUUUUCUUUAUGGGGCAAAGUCUGAAUUCAAUGAUCCACCACCCACUUCAUCAGCAAAAAUCCAAAGACGAACUCCUCUUUCAAUGUGUCAGUACCGGCAACGUUGACGCCAUCAAAGCCCUUCAUCUCCAAGGCGCCAAUCUUGAGUGGAUUGACGGAGAAGGCAAGACCCCACUGAUUGUAGCAUGCAUGGACUCUGGCCUUAUCAAUGUUGCAAACACUCUUAUUGAACUUGGUGCCAAUGUCAACGCUUACCGUCCUGGUCGUCAUGCUGGAACCCCUUUGCAUCAUGCAGCCAAAAGGGGAUUGGAACCAACUGUUGGGUUACUUCUCUCUCACGGAGCCAAUGCUCUUGUGAGAAAUGACGACUGUCAUACUCCACUUGAUGUUGCAAGAAUUAAGGGGCAUACAAUUGUCGUUCGUACAAUUGAGAGUCAUAUUUCCUAUUUCUCUGGCUGGCUACGGGAGCUUUACGGUCCAGGUUUUCUCGAAGCAUUAGCUCCUCAGCUGUUGUCGAAAAAAAUUUGGGCUGUUGUUAUACCUUGUGGUUCUGGUAAUCCCACGAAGCCUCAUAGAUUUGAGCUUGCCAUGUAUCCUACUUUGCAGGAUGCUCAGCCUUGUACAGUCAUCAACCUUUGGAAUGCCAAAGUUGAUGAACCUAAAUUUCACCAACGGGAUCCUGCACUCACCAUAUUUGACAAGUCUACUAGUAUUCGGUAUAAGCUUGCAUCUGCUAAUGAGGGUGGCAAACAGCAGCUUCAGUGGUUAUAUAAUGCAUGCCGAGGAAUUCCCCAGUUUCAGGUUAUGCCCUCCACAGUGUCUCAUAGCUCUGCACCCUCAAUUCCAAUGAGUGCACAUCAAACCACAGAAGCUACAAAACCAGGAAUUGCAAAUGGCCACCAGAAGGCUGAAGCAAUUAAUGCAAAUGGUUGGGACAAUCCUAUGAGUUCUGAUGCUCACAACGGAUGGGGCCUGGCUUCACAUUCAGGCACUAGCUGUAGUGGGUGGACAGGUGAACCUGCUAAAGAAGAAUACAAUGGGUGGGAUGUGCCUGAUUCUGGGCCAAACAGUCAAGUUGUCCAGACCCAUACUAACCCUGCCCCUUCUGUCGACACAAGUAGUGGAAUUUCCACAUCAGUUCCCUCAGCCCCACCACUUCCAGAGGAGAUGUCAAAUGAAGGGCCAAUCCACUAUCCAUCAGUUGAAAGCAGUCCCGUGCGCCUGUAUACUUCUCCUGUAGAGGCAGCAGUUCUGUGACAAGUAAGUUAAAGAAUGAAGGCACAUUACUAACAGAUGACAUAAAAGAUGAAGGUACAUCUUCCUCAUGUGUAAUAUGUUGGGAAGCUCCAAUAGAAGGGGCGUGCAUUCCCUGUGGUCAUAUGGCUGGUUGCAUGACAUGUUUAAAUGACAUAAAGGUCAAGAAGGGUGUUUGCCCUGUUUGCAGAACCAAGAUUAAUCAGAUUAUAAGAGUGUAUGCUGUCUAAUAAGGCAAGUCAAAAAGAUAUAUCAGGAAUUUUUUUGUAAAAUAUUGGAUUUAUUUGUUGAAAUACGAUACCUAAGCUUUUACUGAUA